UAUUACAAAAUUGACAUGAAUAUUUUUCACAAAAAAACAAUUUCCCUCAAUCUGCUUCUUAAAAUAACAUAUAUAAUCAGUAUUAAACGUUGUCUUUGCAUUCAUUACAUUGUCCUGCCUAAAUGUAGGGUAACAGCAGAGGUGAAGCACAACCCCACCAAUGCGGUGGUGUGUCGCGUGCAGGGCGAGUGGAACGGUGUUUUGGAGUUCAGCUACACCAGCGGAGAGACGAGGGUGGUCGACGUCACCAAGCUGCCUGUCACGAAGAAGUGCGUUCGGCCGAUUGAGAAGCAGGGACCAACUGAAUCCAGACGCCUGUGGCAGCAUGUGACAGAGUCCUUGCGGGAGAAGGAUAUCGAAAAAGCCACGGAGCACAAGAGGCUUCUCGAGGAGAGGCAGAGGACAGAGGAGAGGCACCGUGCUGAGACCGAAACCGCUUGGAGGACCAGAUACUUUGACAGAGAGGGUGAAGGUUGGGUCUAUCACAAACCACUUUGGAAAAACUCUGCAUUCAAAUCCUAGUUUCUUCUAGGAUUCUUCUUCAUCUCUAUCUUGGAUGUAGAUUCAGGAGUGUGUGUGUGUGUGUGUGUGUGUGUGUGUGUGUGUGUGUGCGCGCGCGAACACAUGUGGUUAUGAAAUGAGAGCAUGACCUGCACUGACGUACAGAUGAAUGCAACAUGGGGAGGGCAGAGAGACAGCAUGACUGAAGGUGUUGUCGAAUCUCACUCAUGACGUUCACAAAGCCUCCCAGUACAAGCUUUUGUACUGCUGAUCAGUUUGUUUUUUUUAUCAUCCAAUGUCUAUUAAAACAUUCUUGUACAGGUAAUGGUACUCUAUUUACACAGCCUUAAGAUAGUCUAAUGAUGCUCUAAGUUUGGGUUCUGCUGAUCAACCUGGACAUGGUUCUUUUCUUCUUCUUCUUCCUUUUUUUUUUAAGCUGUGAUAUGACACUAAGGUGAAAUGACUUUUGAGGAGUUUCUUCUUUAAAAUAAGAGAUCCAACAAACUGAAAAUUUAAAUAAUUGGAAUACUGCCUGAUAAAUGUAAUGCUGUGAAACUGUUGUAAAUUGGAUUUAGUGUUCUGGAAUGUAAAGUUGCUGUACACCUGAAAACUUUGAUUUAAAUCAAAGUAGUUCCCUAUAACAAACAUUCAAGGCUAAAUACGCAACAAUAAAAAAAAAUAAAUAAAUAAAAAAAAACACACUCCCAGUCUGUAACGCAGGCUUUCAGUCAAAGCCUGAGCCCAAGAGGAAAUGGCUCACCCAAAUGACAUCACAAUGACAUCAUCAGGGCUAUUGUUUCAAAAGCUCCCCAUACAGGACUCCAUACAGCUGUUUUCACAGGCUUAGUGGUCCUCACCUGAAUUAGCUUAUUUCCACGCGUAAAGCCGGUGAAAGCUCUAACCAACUUACACAUUGUAACUUGAUGUGUUCACACUACAGUUUCAAUAGUGAUAGUACUGCCUUAAUUUGGUAAAUAUCUGGUAAACUGUGUACAUAUAGAUUUACUUACUGUAAUGAAGCCACGCAGUUUAUCUCUAAAGUCUCAUUUAUCUAGUUGUUGUUUGAAUGCUGUAUUGAAAUUGAUGUGUUGACUAAGUCACACUGCUGGAAUGGCAUGGCGUAGACUAGCUCAAAAGUUUAAGUAAUGAAAUGAUUGAGUCACAUGUGAAUGCAUUUAAGAGGUUGCCACCUUCACCAUUCAUGUCUUUUUUUUUUUUUGUUUUUUUUUAGUUCUGUGGUUUUGCAGUGGAUGGUAAAAAAAAAAACAAAAAAAAUCCUACGUGCAUGCUAGCUAAGUGUCUGUUCACAUUGAUUGCAGCAAGUAUACUACUCCUGUGUCUGCAUUACAACAAUUUAUAAAUGUCUGUUGAAAAAAGCUUUUAACCAAAUUUGCUUGUUUUGUAAUGCAAAUAAAUAUUUUCUUUGAAUGUGUGCUUAUCCCCUAUUUCUAAUUGCUCUUAAUUUUAGAAACACUUUUUGUAUAGAGACAUUUCUUGUUCUAUCGGUGUUUUUUUAUUUUAUUUUUCUUUCGGAAGUAAUUCGAGCUACUGAAAUGUGAUGUACAUGUGAUAAACCUUAUUUUGUUUUCUGCCCCCUAAACAAAAAUGUUACUCACAUUCUCAUAUCAGUAUCGGGUAGUUCCUAUUCUCUACAGAAAGAGAAAAUCCACCCUGCCAUUGCUGAGCUACUCCCUCCCUCCAUGUCUUGGUGCCUUACGCAAACUUUGUGUCUUCCAGCUAAGAUGCACAGCAUUUUCACCAGUUAUUCACCUGACCGAUGCAAUGGCGUAUGUAUUAUUUGUGUGUGUGCGCGUGUGUUCUUUUUUUUUAAGAAUCACUGCUUGAUGACGGCAGACGUCGACUAAGCACUUUUACUCUUACAUUUUCUUGGUUUUGAAUUUUACCAGUUGUCUCGCUGUCCUAUGAAAUGCACUGACAUUGAAGGAAACCUGAUGUUGUUGAACAAUGUGUGCUAAUCAAAUAAAUUGCGUAUGCGUUGUGUAUA